AUGGCGGGUUUGACUGCGAGGGACCCUGCGGUGGAUCGUUCUCUGCGUUCGGUGUUCGUGGGGAACAUUCCAUAUGAGGCUACUGAAGAGCAGUUAAAGGACAUCUUUUCUGAGGUUGGACCUGUUGUUAGUUUCAGAUUGGUAUAUGAUAGGGAGACAGGAAAGCCAAAGGGUUAUGGCUUCUGUGAAUACCAAGACCAAGAGACGGCUCUUAGUGCCAUGCGAAACCUGAAUGGGCGUGAAUUCAGCGGGAGAGCACUUCGAGUGGACAAUGCUGCCAGUGAAAAGAACAAAGAAGAACUAAAGAGCCUUGGCACUGGUGCCCCUGUCAUUGAAUCACCCUAUGGAGAGACCAUCAGUCCUGAGGAUGCCCCUGAGUCCAUUAGCAAAGCAGUUGCCAGUCUUCCACCAGAGCAGAUGUUUGAGCUGAUGAAACAAAUGAAGCUCUGUGUUCAGAACAGUCCCCAGGAAGCACGGAACAUGUUACUUCAGAACCCUCAACUGGCUUAUGCUUUGCUACAAGCACAGGUAGUGAUGAGAAUUGUGGAUCCAGAGAUUGCCCUGAAAAUUCUGCAUCGCCAGACAAAUAUCCCAACGCUGAUUGCUGGCAACCCUCAGCCAGUCCACAGCACUGGGCCUGGCUCAGGAUCCAAUGUGUCAAUGAACCAGCAGAAUCCUCAGGCCCCUCAAGCCCAGUCUUUGGGUGGAAUGCACGUCAAUGGUGCACCUCCUCUUAUGCAGGCUUCUAUGCAAGCUGGAGUUCCAACACCAGGGCAAAUGCCAGCAUCUGUGACAGGACCUGGCCCUGGUGCCUUAGCUCCUGGAGGAGGAAUGCAGGCCCAAGUUGGAAUGCCAGGAAGUGGACCAGUGUCCAUGGAGCGGGGACAAGGAACCCUACAGCACUCGCCCGUGGGACCCGCCGGGCCUGCAUCAAUUGAGCGAGUUCAAGUGCCGAUGCAAGACCCCAGAGCAGCGAUGCAGCGUGGGCCCUUGCCUGCCAACGUCCCAACUCCUCGGGGUCUGUUAGGAGACGCUCCGAAUGACCCACGUGGAGGCACUUUACUUUCUGUGACUGGAGAAGUGGAACCUAGAGGUUACCUGGGACCACCUCAUCAGGGUCCACCCAUGCACCAUGUCCCUGGCCAUGACAGCCGUGGCCCACCCCCACAUGAGAUGAGGGGAGGGCCAUUAGCCGAGCCCAGACCUCUAAUGGCAGAGCCAAGAGGACCCAUGCUAGAUCAGAGGGGUCCACCCUUGGAUGGCAGAGGUGGAAGAGAUCCCCGAGGCAUGGAUGCACGAGGGAUGGAGGCACGAGCCAUGGAGGCAAGAGGAUUAGAUGCCAGAGGUUUGGAGGCCCGUGCAAUGGAAGCCCGUGCAAUGGAGGCCCGUGCAAUGGAGGCCCGUGCAAUGGAGGCCCGUGCAAUGGAAGUCAGAGGGAUGGAGGCCAGAAGCAUGGAUACAAGGGGCCCAGUGCCUGGCCCUAGAGGCCCUAUACCUAGUGGAAUUCAGGGUCCCAGUCCAAUUAACAUGGGGGCAGUUGGACCCCAGGGAUCCAGACAGGUCCCAGUCAUGCAGGGAGCAGCCAUGCAAGGAGCAAGCAUUCAGGGUGGAGGCCAGCCUGGUGGCUUUAGUCCUGGCCAGAACCAAGUCACUCCACAGGACCAUGAGAAAGCUGCUUUGAUCAUGCAGGUUCUUCAACUGACUGCAGACCAGAUCGCCAUGCUGCCUCCUGAGCAAAGGCAGAGUAUCCUGAUCUUAAAGGAACAGAUACAGAAAUCCACUGGAGCACCUUGAAAGGUUGACAAAAAUACCUGGCAACAAAUCUGGAAAUUAAUUCCAUCAUGUGGUUGAAAUAUUGCAAAAAGAUGACUUCUGCAUCCUGACCCUUGAAUGACUCAAACUGGUGCCAGGUGGAGGACUCCCAUCACCUCUCAGAACAAAAUCAGUCCAUUCUGUCAUCUUAGUUUGUAUAUUUUCUGUGACUUGAAAUAAACUUUGAACACAAUUUUAGUAUACUGCAAA